AGUGGCUCCUCCAGUGAGGCAGGCAGCGGCACGGCUCUCAGACUGAAAGCAGACAAAGGCGAAGGGAGAGACGGUGUGCCGCUAUCCUGCAGCAUCGACUCACAUUCACACACACUCCCCCGCGCACCCACUCCCUUCACUCCGCAAGCAGCGACGCAGACUCUCCGGAGCUGGUCACCACCACCAACCAUCUGACACAACCAUCACAACUUUCAGUCAUCAUGGAGCUAGACUUUGGACAUUUUGACGAGCGAGACAAGGCAUCCCGUACCCCGCGGGGUGGGCGCAUGAAUGGACUUCCCAGCCCUACCCACAGCGCCCACUGCAGCUUCUACCGUACACGCACUCUGCAGGCCCUCACCAAUGAGAAGAAAGCCAAAAAGGUGCGCUUCUACCGCAAUGGAGACCGCUACUUCAAGGGCAUCGUGUAUGCUGUGGCCAAUGACCGAUUUCGCACCUUUGACUCACUCCUGGCUGACCUCACACGCUCACUCUCUGACCACAUCAACUUGCCACAGGGUGUCCGCUUCAUCUUCACUAUUGAUGGCUUGCGCAAGAUCUCAACCUUGGAUGAACUUGAGGAAGGGGAAAGCUAUGUUUGUGCAUCGGAGAACUUCUACAAGAAGGUUGACUACACAAAGAAUGUCAACCCCAACUGGUCCGUGAAUGUAAAGGCCUCAGCGAGCCAGAAGAACAUGCAGUCCUUAGCCGCCAAGGCUGCCGGUGAGACCAGAGAGGGCAAGGACUUUGUUCGACCCAAGCUAGUGACGGUGAUGCGCAGCGGUGUGAAGCCACGCAAGGCUGUGCGUGUCCUGCUCAAUAAGAAAACGGCACACUCCUUCGAGCAGGUGCUCACCGACAUCACAGAGGCCAUUAAACUUGAAAGUGGCGUGGUCAAGAGGAUCUACACACUUGAUGGCAAGCAGGUUACCUGCCUUCAAGACUUCUUUGGUGAUGACGAUGUCUUCAUUGCAUGUGGACCAGAGAAAUUCCGCUACGCCCAGGACGACUUCUCUCUGGAUGAUAACGAAUGCAGGGUGAUGAAGGGACCCAAAGCUCAACGUGGUGUAAAGAGUCCCGGCCCGAUCAAGCGCAGCAAGUCUCCUGCCGAGUCGACCAACGGGACAGGCUCCAGCAGCCAGCUCUCCACCCCGAUUUCCAAGCAUUCCCCCACCUCCACCCCCAACAGUCCAGGGCUCAACAACAAGCAGAAGGAUCUCUACCUGCCCUUAUCUCUGGAUGAUGAUGAUUCUCUCGGCGAAUCGAUGUAGACUCUCCUCCUGGAGCCUGCCUCCUUUAUGGCCUGAAACACAGAAGUUUUUAUACCUCUGCUGCUUUCCACCUUCACUCACAGUGCCACCUGUUGUCUAGGAGAACUACUCUUUGUGUCUUUUUAAGGCCUUAGCCACCGGGGCUAUGACACCAUUUGCUGCUUGAGAAUAACACAAAACACCACUUUUUUUAAAAAUCUGUUUCAGCUCACUAAUGUUCAGACAUACGUUUCUAUGUGGAGGUUAGCAACUAUUUCUCAAAAGGGCACACAUUUCACUAAUCAGCAGAUUUCACGGUGUAAAAAUUUCACUUUGGCCUCAAAACAUUUUGUUAAAGGAUGCACUAAAUAUUUCAGUCACUGAAUUCCAAGCAGCAAAUGGAUAUUCUUAGGGGUGUUAGUCAAAGCUGACUCAACUUUUGUAUCACUUGUAUUCGUGACGUUCCUCCAUGUCCUCCUGUCCUUCUGCCCUAUGGUUAAAGGUGUGAAAGGUAAUGGUUCCUUGUCAGAGGAAAUCUGCUAAGCCAGAUAAAGUCCUUCUAACCCGCUGUAAAUACUGUCUAUAGCUAUCCAUCGUAACAUCUCUGCCCAAUGUCCAUUGCUGUGCUUCCAUAACUUCACUACAACGUCUGUCUAACAUUUGCUCAACAUGAUACAGGGUAUGGUCAAAGUAAAAGAAGAACCAAAAUAUAAAGUCCCACCACAGAGGGUGAGGAUGUGUGGGAUCCAGCUCCUGACUGAAGAGGAUUAUCGGUCAGAAGCGAACGCCUCCUCAAUGAGAAUUCAUGUUCCCAGUGGAACAUAUGAGAGAUUAUAAAACCGCAACCACAGAGGCCUCAAAAUCCUGAUGUUGGCAAUAAUUGGCUUUCAUCUUGUCUGAUCAGGGACAAGGAAAUAACAAUGUAAGAAGAAAGCAUCCCACAGAGCCCUCAGUGAAUUCUUUAUGUUGGUGUUUCCUCUACUUUGACCCUCUACAUAGACCGUAGGCUAUACAUGGUAUAUACCCUCUGUGUUUUAGAUUUUCACAAACUGCAGUGCAUGAUAUUGAUGAAUGAUUAUGAAACUUUGGGCAUGUAGAAAGCUGAUUUGAAGGACCUAAUGGUGCAUAAAAACAACCAAAGGAAAAAAAUAAAAAAUUAAUUAGGCCCCUUUUUCAACAUAAAAAAGAAGCCAAUGCACAUUCAGUUUACAGUUGUUGUUUUUUAUUGACUAUGUCUAAAUAAUUCCCUUUUAGGCCAGUUUACAUCACCACAACUAACGGGGACAUUUUAUCGUAUAAUUGUGAAAUUCAAAGAUAAAUAAAUAACGGUGUCAAAGCCAAAGUAUGAUUUUAGACCAAGAAUUAUAAAAAGGGGAAAAUAUGUAACUUUAUCAGUUUAAAACUCUGGAGGAAAACUCACCUGGAGAUUUAUGCAUGUUACUUUUAAUGCAUCAGAAUAACAUCAAGAUUAAACCAUGCUCAUCUGAGGCAAUUAGAGUUUUAUCAGGGCGCUAAACAGUAGUGGUAUUUCACUUAUUUUGCAUGGCUCAGCAUAGUUCUCAGAUACAGGGGAGAUGAAAACAGUUGUCUAAAUCUAUGUGUGGGUUUUAAAUUUUUAUAAAGUUUAUUAAUUUAUAUCAAGGGUACUGGUCUAGUUUUUUUUAAUUUUUCUUCUAGUUUUAACCUGCUCACAUGAGCUCUAAACACUAGUACUUUUUUCAAGCCUCUGUGUGCAACUUUUUAUGGCCAUACUUUCUCUAUUGUCACGACUCGCAUCGCGUGUCUUACAAAUCUACUGAAGAGUUUUCACAGAUUUCUGCAGGGAAUCAAGUUUGAGAAUCACUAAUUGGACAACACUGAAGCACAAAGCAGGGAGCUACUUAUCCAUCACAGCAACAGACACUUUACUGUCUACUUGCCAGCAUUGCAAUGCGUGACCACAAUUAAUAUCUCAAUAUAUUGAAAAGAAAAAUGCUGCACCUGUAGCAUCCUUUAGAUUAACAUCUAUGCAUUCGGAUUCAAGAAUAGUUAAAACAAUAUUUUCUGUAGGAAUGGCCUUUUUAUACCUAAUAGCUUAAUAAGAAAUGAACUAAAAACUGAAGUUUCCAUGCAGUUAUUCCAUUGUGAUGAUGUGACGGUCUGAAAGUUGUAUGUUUUAGGAGUGAUCCGGUGCCCGCCCUCUGGAUUAGCUUUGAAUAGCUGUUAUCAUCAGCCCCUAAUGCUCAAGACAAACCAUCAUCAAACCUAUCUGGUGCUGUGAACUACACCUUUCUCCUGCAGGGAGUGCUGUCACACCAGCACAAUAGCUAAUAAUAUCAGCUAAUCCAACAGCAGGGACACACUCACUUUACCCACCAUUUUGUACAAAAAACUCCCAUUUGUUGUCAUUUUUCUCAAACUAUUGGUUCUGUAUAACCUUACAUGCUAAUAAUAUUCCUGUUUCCUGGAUUUUUCUACAGCUUAUUACAGUGCUACAGCAUAUAAAACAUAAAAUGUUGGUUGUCUUGUGUUAACCGGCCCGCCACCAUGUAAGAUGGAUGGUGUGAAUUCAUCACCUACAGUGGUGCCUUUUUUUAGAUUACUGUCUUUUGAUAAAAAAAAAAUGAAAUGGGACAUCAAAGGCUUGUUCUUUGUUAACAGCUGUUUGUAAAACAUUUUUAAACGUCUUGAAUGAGGAGGCCUCCCAACACACUUUGUUUUGUAGAGUUACAGGACACUUUAUCAUGGUGUAAAUACGCUCCCUUCCUGAGCUCUUUCAUAUGUAUGCCUUUCUGAUCGAAUGAAUGACUUUUCUUUCUUGGAAAUUUACAGUGUCCUUUUUAGUGGUAUUUUGCAAUGUCACAGUGGCUUGUUUCAGUGCUUCAUUCAAUGUAUUAACCGGUAUCCUUUUGCAAUUAAAACAGUUGUAUUUCA